CUUUAAAUCGAGGUGAUGCUUUCGGUUCCAACUUGAACCGAUUACGUUGUGUGGCAUAAGACGAGGUGUUGGCAUUUAUCGCAGUGGCCUUUGCUGUUAUUGUGUGACGAAACGUUCGAUGACUAUUAGAGCCUACUUAGCCAGUUAUACGUGGAGCGAGAUUCCAUUCGAUUCCAAAGGUUACAGCGCUGAUAACAAACUUCAUUUUUAUCAUACAUAACAGCAGCGAAGCGAAGAAGAAUGGGGUGCAAUGAGUGAGCCCAAAAUCAGGACAAGAUUUAAUGUUGCCCAGAAAUUAGGGAAAUGGAUUUAGUUUCAGCAGUACAUUCAUCAUCAGUAUCAAUAUUGGGAGAAAAGCAGCAGCGAAAUUGCAGCGGAUACAAAAUAUCAAGUAACGUUGUGGAUUGUGGAGGAGCGGGAGAUAAAUUAGUGAAAUAAAUAUUAUUAGCAUUAAUCCAUCGUAUCUGAGGAACGCGGGGAGCAAUAGCGACAUCGCUUAUAUCACCGACAUAGGAGGACAAGUUGGCGAGAACGACAUGGAGGCGAAACCGGUGCAGGUGGUUGAAUCCGGCGAAGAGCAUAGUUUUCUUCUAAACGAGGACGCCCUGAACGAGAUUCUGCUCCAGGAAAAUGUGCGCGAUCGGACAGUGGUGGUCGUUUCGGUGGCCGGUGCCUUCAGGAAGGGCAAAAGUUUUCUUCUGGAUUUCUUCCUGCGCUAUAUGUACUCAAAGUACGUACACCAUCAGAGCGCAUCGGAGUGGCUGGGCGACGAGAAUGAACCAUUGACUGGUUUCUCGUGGCGUGGAGGAAGUGAACGUGACACCACAGGCAUUCUUAUGUGGUCCGACAUUUUUCUUCAUGACAAGCCAAAUGGCGAAAAGCUGGCCAUCAUUUUAAUGGACACACAAGGCGCCUUCGACAGUCAAAGCACAGUGCGAGAUUGUGCCACGGUGUUUGCCCUCAGCACAAUGCUAUCCUCCGUACAGAUAUACAACCUGUCACAAAACAUCCAGGAAGACGAUCUACAGCACCUACAGUUAUUCACCGAGUAUGGCCGCCUUGCUUUAGCAGACUCUGGCAAGAAACCGUUCCAGCGGUUGCAGUUCUUAGUGCGCGACUGGAGUUUUCCCUACGAAGCGGAGUAUGGUGCCUUGGGUGGUGAGGUGAUAUUGAAGCGACGGUUAGAGGUGCAGGACAAGCAACAUCCAGAGCUACAAUCGCUUCGGCGCCACAUUACGUCCUGCUUCACCGAAAUUGCCUGCUUCCUCAUGCCCCACCCUGGCCUUACAGUUGCCGUGAACCAAACCUUUGACGGGCGACUGGCGGACAUAACAGCCGAGUUCAAAAACAGCCUGAAGGAGCUGGUGCCCAUGUUGCUAUCUCCAGAGAACCUCAUCGCAAAAGAAAUUAAUGGACAGAUGGUGAAAGCACGCGACUUGGUGCAGUACUUCAAAUCGUACAUGGCCAUCUAUAAGGGCAAUGAACUACCCGAGCCGAAGAGCAUGCUGGUAGCGACGGCGGAAGCAAACAAUCUGACGGCAGUUGCCGCAGCCAAGGAGAUCUACACACAAUUGAUGGAGGAUGUAUGCGGAGGAACGAAGCCAUAUCUCAACUCGGGACAUCUAGACUCAGAGCACAAUCGGAUUAAGGAGAAGGCGCUGCAUCAGUUCUCCUCCAAGCGCAAGAUGGGUGGUGAAGAAUUUUCGGAGAAGUACCGCGAGAAGCUCGAGCAGGAUCUGGAGGAGUCGUUCGUGACGUUCAAGGCCCACAACGAGAGCAAAAACAUCUUCAAGGCGGCCCGGACGCCAGCCGUUUACUUUGCGAUCGCCGUGGUGAUGUACAUAUUCAGUGGCAUCUUCGGUCUGGUCGGUCUGUACACUUUUGCCAACUUUGCCAACAUGAUCAUGGGUAUCGCACUGCUGACGCUGGCCACGUGGGCGUACAUCAGAUACAGUGGCGAAUUGAGCGAUUUUGGUGUGCGGUUAGACGAGAUAGCCAAUCUGCUGUGGGAAAAUAUUAUGAAACCAGUGUAUCAAUCCUGUAUGGAAAAAGGCAUCCAGCAUGUUGCUACUCACGCAACCGAGUAUGCAGUUGGGGGCUCUAUGGGGGCUUCCCCACGGUCUGUUGGAUCUCGGCAGCUGAACGGCAAAGUCAAACAUUCUUGAGAGUACGCUUCGGGUGGCACUGACAGUAGGCUGGGUAGGUGGUGGCGGCGGUGGCCUUUCAACAUUGGUACAACAGAUCGGAGCGAGACGGCGACUAUUGCCGCAGUAGCACCCGCAGGCGGUGCUUUAGCUUCCAGUAGAUUUGGCUGGUUGAUGUCUCCGCGAGCUUCAUCAUCGUCAGCUGUGGCAGUUGUCCCGAAUGCCGAAAGCAGCAACCACAGCCACACUUAUGGUAAUUACAAUAGGUUUAGUGUUCUUAUCGAUAGCCUUAGAGGUAAUAACAAUAAUACGGCAAAGGCGAGUGACUACAUCGACAACAACAACAGUAGGAUAGGCCCUGUGAUGAAAGUUUCACGGCGGAAUAUCGCUAGUAACGGCGGAGGACAGACUCCGUCCAGUUCGGGGGGAACUGACUAUACAUCAUCAACUAGCCGAAGAAAGACGAAAAACAAAACUUAGACCAUUUUAACGAAAACCAACAGGCAAAGUCGUCUCUAUCAAACUAGCGACAUCUAUCUGUGGAAUCUUCAAUACAGAAACAUCCUAGCAUCAGACCAGACUUAUUUAUUUUGCAUUUUUCGUUUAUAACUUUUGUUUAUUCAACCCAUUAUUAACUUAUUUACCACUAGCGGCUCACGAGAGAAUAUUUUAAUGUAGUAGAUAUUUUGUUUCCAAUGUGUUUUUUUCCAAUAGUAAUAAUCUUGAAUAUUGCAACGUACCACCUUUGACCCAAAAGCAAGCAUAACGACUGCGAUAUAUGUAUAUCAAUAAUCAGUAACGAAUCAAGAUUUAAAUGAAGGCACGUUUAACGCGUAUAAAAUCAAAAAUCGCAAAGAAUCACAUCAUUGAAACGCCGCACUCGUUAGGACGAUUGGAAUGAGAAUAAUUUCCUUCGAAACAUUCUCCGGUAAGCAAUUUCAACGCUCCAAUCGUGGUGAUGCUUCUGUUUUGUUUUUGAAAUGUGCCAAACCGAUUCUAACCACAAACACAGACUUGUGAUCUUAAGCUGCAUUUUGGGAUUAUGCUGAAUUCGAGCGACUGCUUAUAAGCAAUGACAGUGUCUCGACCGCGCUGUUUGAUAGGAGCAAAGCUCUGCAAAGCAUAAGAUGCUUUUUCUUGCCAACAAGGAGUAAUCUUUGUGACCAAUAAACGCUCGCUAGAUUUGUUGUGAGUACUGUUACGAAAAUAAACGUUUAUAGAAGUUUUAUUUGCGUCCCGAGGCGACCCAAUCGGAGUUAUUGGUUCACUCCGGAAAGUUCUUCCCUUCCUUUGGUAGAUUUCUAUUCUAGCCGAUUCAAUCAAACUAUGUUUGUAAAUACAUCCCGCUGUUUCGAUUAUAAAAUUUAAAAAAGGCAUUGAGUUACGUUAAUAACACAAACAACUUUUAUUCAAAACAUUGGAGUUUGGAAACUCAGCAUCUCUUUUUGUUACCCAACAUGUGUCUAUUGUUUAGAUGGAAACACCUUAGCUAUGUUAAUCUGAUAAAAAAAUGUGCCCGAUGAUAGGGAACGAACGCGAGAAUAGUUCCACGUGGAUGUGAAAAUGCAAUAUAUUUUAUUGAUAUUUUAGUGUAACUAAACAAAAUAUGUCAUAGAGAUCAUUGUUAGAAUGUAAGAAAGGAAGAACUUGUUCAUCGAAUUCUACAACCCGGAUUGUUAGAUAGAGUAGCGGGAAUGUUCUUUCUUUGUUUUUUUUGUAAGAGAGCUACGACACAGACUCUUUUUUGUCUUCAUUCGAAUCGCGCGGUUUUCGUUUACCUGUUUCGGAAAUUUGAAAUGCAAUCAAAACCCAUGUUACAAUGUGCAUUUUGCUCAAUAGAUGUGAACCGUACUUAUAUGUUACGUGUUGUUUUAUUCUUUUCUUGUCUCCUCUCAUCGUAAACCUACCUAGCAUGAUCGAUCGGUUGUAAAUAAUAUCGGAUGAAAUAAGUGAGUUAAUUGUUGAUUUCUCACUUAUUUUUCUCGAUUCGAGUAGCAAUUGGUCUCCAUUGAAUUAUCCAAGCAUAUUUGUGAUCGUAUAACGUUUACUGUCGGGUCGAAUUAUUGUUUGGAGCAAACAACCUACAUAGAAAAUGAGAGUGACGGCAUAAUUUUAUGGAUUUUUCACUUGCUCCUCAAGCGAUUAAAUCACAAAUUGACCCUCAUUCACUGCUAUAUUGCCGUCGAGCGUGAAAGUUUCACGGUAAACAGAAAUUAUUAUACAGUAAACAGGAUUAGUAAAUUAAGUAAAUAGAACCUACGACAGGCUACAAUCAUCCGCACAGGGUGAAAGAGAGAAUACAAUGUGCCGCGUGCAGGAGUAAAGUGGAUCAAAAAGAGUAAACCGUAAUAAGCAGAGCAAGAAUUAUGAUGUGAAUUAUUUUUAUAUUAAAGUUACUAAAAAAUAA